AUGCAGCAGUCAUUGGCUCUACUGCUUAUGCUGUGUUCCUUGUUAGAUGCUGCGGCCUUUGUGCAAGUGCGUGCUGUUGAGGGAAGCCCUUGUGUAUCUGCUGACAACAAGUGUUACUUGGGUGCUACUAUUGUGUCGGAGAUCCCUGCGACGACAACAAACCCUACUUUUAAUGCAUCAGCGUCGAUCACGAUAUUGACUGAUCCGGCGCAAAUUGGCCAGGUGCCGGGCACGACCACUGGCUUCAAAGCUUCCAUUACUUGCGACCAACUAGCCAACACAUGGGUCCGUUACCCCGACGGAACUGUUGGCUUUUCACAUGCGCUCUUCACCUUCCCCUCUAAGGAUGCGGGCUCAUAUAGCUUGAAGGUCUCUAUUGACGCUAACUGUGUAGAGGACAAUGCAGCAGUGCAGUACUCCUCUUUCGCAUCUAGCUGUGGCCUUAUAUCCUCUUCUGGUGCUUGCUGGGCAGUCUCCUAUACGGGAGGUGUCAGGCAGUACAACGGUCAGAACACCCCAGUUUGCCGAACUUCUUCCGCUUCUGGAAUGGCGAACUCUGUUGCUGGCUGCAUGAACAAUGCUACCUACCCUGAUGUCUGGGCGCCUACUUUGAUGCUUGCUAGUCCUAGUGGCUAUCUGGCGGAUAAUGGCGUCGAAUAUGUGGACAGCUUCUUCACUGGUACCAAGGUCAAGCUCUACUUCAACGAGCCUGUUAUGAUUGGUACUGGUAAGGUCUGCUUCCUUGCUUACUCAAGCGCUGGUGUCUUCGACCCCAUCGCCUCAAGCUGCGUUACUCCCGCAGUUUCCGCUACUAUCUCCUCAGCGAUCGAGGCCACGGCCCCCGCUGUCAAAAACAGGAGAUAUUACAUCACCGUUGAUGGUAACGCUGUCCAAGACUUGGCUGGGAACUACUUCCCUGGUAUCAAUGGACGACGUUUCACUGACUUCGCUAGCGAACAAGGCAGCUUCCCCGAUCAAUGCCGUGUGAAGCGUACCGAUGAUGCUUCCUACAGCUGGCCGGCUGGUGGUCUACAGAACGCUGCUCAGUUCUGUCAGAUCAGCUUUGUCCGUCCUCUUGGUGCCCCCAUCUCCUACUACCCUGCUCAUGUUAGCAGUGCUCCUAAAACCGAUGCUGCCGCUGCCGCCGUUUCGCUCAGCAGCACUCCGGCUGAUACUGAGCUCUGUUACACCUUUGCUGAGUCCAUCUUCUGGGAUACCUGUGGCUCAUCUACGUGCUUCACCAACGAGUGGAGUUUCAACGCUGUUCCUUCUGAAGUCAAUCUUCAGCUCAAGAUCGUCUCCAACUUCUCAAGUGCGUAUGGUACCGUUGAGGCUUUGAAGACUACUUGUACGAGUACCGAGCUCGGCACUAAUGGUCGGGCUGGAUGUGCUUACUCUUAUCUCGGAACGGGCAAGGAGCAAGCUCCCGGUGUGGCCGUGUCUGGUGGGAUCGACGUCGCCGCAGUCUCCGGCCCCUGUUGGUUAGCUCCUAGUGCGAAGCAAAUCUGCUGCAAGCCUGCCGCUACCUUGCGCUCCUCCGCCCCAAGCAUGCUCAAUCAGCCUAACUUCGUCAUGGCCACCUUGAAGGAGAGAGCCAUUGGUUUCGCUGGAGAGUUCACUCAUUCAUUCUGGGUUAAUGCCACCGACGCCGGUACCGAAAAGCCGAGACCACUCUGGGUUGCUUGGGAAGGCAAGGAGGUCGACCUCACUGCUGGUGCUAUCAAUGGUCCAUUGGAAUCCGCCUUUACCCAGAUCCCUACCACUUCGCUCACCGGUCAGGCCGGUUAUUACGGUUUUGCUGGUUACAAGCAGGGUAUUCAUGUCCACUACAACCGUCACGUGACGGCCGGCUCUGGCGGCUACGUCAAGUUUGUUCCUCAUAGCUACUUGCAGAGGAACAAGAAGACUAUCGCCGACUUGCGCGCUGACGAGUGGCACACUAGUGACUCGACUAAUCCUGGCUGCCUUGUUACUGCCACCGUCUACGAGGACCCUGCUUCGUCGUCAUGGACCGCAAGCACUCGUAAGUAUGGCAGCCCAUGCCGUAUUCCCGUUAGUUCUGCCGGUAACGGAGAUCCCGUCGAUGCUCUGCUCUACAGCAACAACCACCUCAUUGUGAACCCGCGUUCGCUGAUGCCUGGUGAGACCUACACAGUCAUCUUCGACAACGGCACCGUGGUGUCUUCGGAUUCUAGUAAGAUUGAUACCUUCCACUUCACCACUACUCUCAAGCAGUCGAUCAACUGGGGAUCAUCCGCCAGUGAUGCUUCCCGGGAUACUAUCUCCCCGAGAAUCUGCUGUUAUGUGGCUUCCACUACUAACUGGCGUACUUCCCUUGCCUCGAUCUAUGCUAUGAAGGACGCUGGCUAUGUUCACUACAGCCAGACCUUUAUGACCACCUUCUAUGGACCAGUGCGUCUCGGUCGUGGUAACUUCAAUAUGAAGUGCCAGGUUGAUGGUCUUACCACUCCUAAGGUUACGAUUAAUGCUCAAGAUCGUGAUCAGAUCAUCCCUCGUGGUCACAAGCUCUUCAUCGACCCUCGUGACCCCCGUGAUGGUAAAGAUGGUCUUUGGGUACCUGCUGACGGCACAACCCCCAGAUGCUACUGGGAAGCUGACGAAGAUGCUAUCAUAGGUCUCCCAGCUGGAACUCAGAUCUCGCCCUUCUUCCAGGUUGAGCUCGGCGACAGACGUUCCCCUGUUCUGUUGGAUGUGACCCCUUACGCCAAGGCCGGUUGCUCUGCUACCUCUGAUCCUCCGUGUGUGACCCAAACUGCCCUCGCUGGCGGCUAUGGUGGCCGUAGUCUCAACUACGCUAAGGUCAACUCUGAGGACGCCUUCAUCACUCUCACCUUCGAUGAGAUGGUUAAGUUUGGUCCUUGUGACAUCACCUUGUCCAAUGCUGGUGCUACUACCAGUGCCGAGCUCGGCCGCACUGAGUUCAUUUGGGACUUGGAUGGAGUCACUACCUCUGAGCACAGCGCUGGUGUCUGGUCUGUCGGCAAAUCCGCUUUCUCGAGCGUCACCAAUCAGCUUACCGUUAUCCCUGACAUUACUGCAGCUUCUGGUGGUGCCGCUGCGCAGUCCAAAUGGCUCUCCGUCCGUCUGUUCGACCUCCAGAAGGCUGAGACCAACACCGAAUCUGGAACUGGUGCUUCUGGAACCGCCUGUACUGCUAGUUAUCCCUCGGGAACUGAGACUGGCUUCUGUUCUCACAACAUCCAACGUACCUACCAGCUCGUCCUACAGCUCCCUGGCACGAAGCUUACUCCUCUGGCUACUCCUUGGAACUUGAAGAUCCCUCACUGCGCCUUCUAUGAUUGGGCUGUUGAGGCUACAAACGCUAAGGAAGCCAACGGUGUGGUCUCUGGCCAUGCUGACUUCGUUCAGGGUGCCGACAAGGUGAUCACGAUUCCCAUCAAGAUCAACGACGAUGUCUAUGCUCCCAACAUCACCUACUCUCCCUGUGGUCGUAGCUCUAGCACUGGUCCUCAGGGCCGCAAGGUCUUGGGUCACUGCUUCAACUUGGCUGGUGUGGAGCCAAGCGUUGGUUCUCCUUCGUACUAUGAGUACCCCCAACCUAUCGGUACCUUCGAGUUCCAGGGGCCUAUCACUGGUCUCAUCCCUACCAACACCACUGGCGCUGGUUAUGACCGCGGUGUCGCUGCUGAUGCCGUUGCCCAGGGAUACUGGUUCCCCUUCAACAAGGCUAUCAAGCAGACCGUCCCGGUCAUGUUGGAGUUCGACGAGGAUGUCACUAUUGACGGUGACAAGAAGUGCAUUGUUAGCCAAGCCAUUAUGACCGAUACCGCUAACUCUGACUCCUCGAGGAUCAUGACUUCUGAGCUUUACACUGGUUAUCAGAGUGGCCGCAAGCCUACCAAUCCUAUCCCGGAUUAUUAUCUCUAUGCUCAGAACUACACUGCUGAGAGCGCUUACGACUAUGGUUGGAACCACAGUGUCCUUAAGUAUCCCGACUGUCAGUGGGACACUCGCACUACGUACGGAGCUUGCAGAGAUAACAACUCCGAUGUUAUCAUGAGUCAGUAUGCUACAUCUUACACCUGGUUGAAGUCGGCGACUUGGAGCGACUACAAGCCAGAUUCGACUACUACUGGUGACACUGGCUCUGGAACCACUGUUACUGAGUCCAGCACUGAUGCCUUCCAGAACAUCAACUACUUCACUAUGGGUGACACCAACUUCGUCCAGUACAACGGCUCCUACAGCUACUGCCUCAGUGCUGCUACCCCGGCUGCUGCUGACUUCUCGGGAACUCAGACGUGCGCAACGACUAUCACUCGUUAUCGUCUGUUCUUCUUCCUCCAGUUCACUCCUAUCACUGCUUACAAGCGUGAGGGCAACACGUACUACAGAUCGGUAUUCCGUCUCAAGUGCGAGGCUGGUGCUUUCAAGGAUGCUGCUGGCAACAUUGCUGAUCAGACUGGUGUGGACUAUCGCUUCACUUUCUAUCAGCCAACAGCUGAAGCUGCCUUUGAUGGUCUUAGCUCAUACCCCGUGGUCGGUGGUACCAACAACAAGAACUGUACUGACUACACCACUUGCACACAGACUAGUGAUGCCAAUGGUGGUCCGUCUGUUACCAAUACCUCCAACAUUAUGUGGUCGUUCACUCAGCCUGUGACCUUCCAGCCCUUCUCUCCGGGUGAUGGUACUGAGUGGGGUCACAAGCUCCUCCACCGUGAAGGCCCUGGUGAUAAUGCUAUCGACUGGCGUAACAGCUUCGAGGGAAACCACUAUAGCCGCGGAAACCUUUCUGGUGCGGCUACUGGUAACCAGCUCCGAGCUGUGUUCUUCAAUGGUACCAUUAAGAACGGAACCAUCCAGGCCGGUCAUCGUUGGUACAUUGAUGGCAGUGGUGACUUGCAGUUCGGUGAGCAGUUCUCUCGCGGUUUCAACACCAUCGGUGAGUUCUGUAACAACACUAACAAGGUUGGUCACGUUAUGGGUUCCGGUGUCGAGGCUGCUUAUGUACACUUCUGUGAGAAGGAUGUCUCUCUUUCCGACUUCGCCAUUCUAUCUGCUGACAACAAGAAGAUGAUCUUCUCUACUAAGAUGAACCGCAUCUCUGAACACAACACUGGUUCCUACGAUCAGUCCAACCGUCAGGGUGAUACCUGGGCCAAGUACAUUGGCUUCUAUGCUCCCGAGGGUCUCUUUGGUGUUGGGCAGGUCCACAACUACACAUUCUGGACCAACAAAAGCUCUGAUCCCAACGCUGAUUCAUUGAUGAGGUGGGGUCAAGGUGGUAUGUACUACGAGUCUGGUGGCGAGAACUUCCUCAUGACUCGUCAUUCUCUCGGAUACAACCACUCGCAGUCUGCCUUCUACACGUCUCCCGACAAUCCGUUCAACUACCAGACUGGUCUUGACAACUACGUUGAUGAGUUCCAUGUCAUCUAUGGUUUCUUCAAUCCUGCCUUGGGCAACCUCUACGACUUGAAGCCCGAGGUUCUGAUGGUCCUCCCUGGUGCUCGUCUGAACUACGGUUUGAUGAACCCGGAUGGAAUGAGCUAUCGUGAGAAGAACGCCUACUACUCUAUCAACGACAGCAGAGUCGAUCAUGAUGGACCAUUCGGUGUCACUAACGACUGGCUCCGUAUGGACUACAGGUCUGGUUUCGGUUAUGACGUCGAUCCCAUGGAUCCUCUCGGUCUCCCAGCACAGCGUGGUGAGCAGACCAAGGCUGCUCGCAAAGCAUUCCAGCAGGUCAUCACCGGUCAUGCCAACCAAGGCUUCUCUGUGGGUUUGAUCAUGUCCGAUGCAGUUCAGCUGUCCCAGCUCUCGACGAAGUCCAUCAAGAUCUACGACUGCGGUGAGUACGUGCGUAUGUAUGGCACCAUCGUUAACGAGCCAAACUGUAAUGAGGAUUCUGCUUCCAAGACGGCUUCUGGUAACUGGGCCUCUGAUAACACUUACACUCAGAGCAGCAAGUUCCUCGGAACCUUCUCUGCUGGUACUGGCAAGACUGCUGACAAUGCUCCUGCCACCUUGGUUUAUGAGGUUACUGCCGAUGGUAGGUGCAAGAACUCCCUAUCUGGCAAUUCCCAGUGUGUCGCUGAUACGAACCCCGUCUACAUCUCCAUGAACAACUCUAUCGGCCUCAACCUUCUCGUGGACAUGGUUGUCGUUUCCACUCCGUGGUACGUCAACUUCACCCACAGCCACAAGUACACCAUGGUUAUUGACGACGAGGUCUUCUAUGCUAAUCAGUCCUUCACGAAUACUGGUGAUGCCACCAAGACUGCCAACGUGAAGCAUACUGGUCUUACCCUCAAGUCCAGUGGUGAGCCUCAGGCUGAUAGCUCGUCGUUGAUUGGAUCCAGGAUUACUCCGUGGUAUAUUCGCUCUCAUGAACCUCAAAUCGUUAAGGCUAAGCUCGAUCCUGCUGAUGGUGCUACUAUGGUUCCUCGCAGUGUCCGCCCAAAGAUCUGGUUCAACACUGCCAUGCUCCACGCCGAUAACCUCAACAGGCCUAUCCCCUAUGAGACUGGCAUGCCUGAGGAUGAAUUCCACACCCUCAAGCCUACAUUCAACCAGGAUGCCACUGGCCAGAGCUAUACUGCCGCCUACGAGCUGGUCAACCACACUACUAGCGCUUACUGUACGGGUCUCAUCUGUACUUUGUACCACACUCACCAGAAGCCUUAUUUCGAUCUCGACCAAUAUGUCGAUCAGUUCAAGGGUGGUCGUGACUACACGUUGACCAUUCCUGAUGGUCUUCUUUAUGAUAGCAAUGGCGAGGAAGUCUUCCGUGGUUUCCCUCGUGCUGAUGCUUAUGUCCGGACUACCAGCACCGACGUGGCUCAGUCUUACUCCUUCUCAACUGAGGAUGAGGAUAUUAUUCCUCCCACUGUGCUGUACUGCUGCGUUGUGUCCCGUGAGCCGACUAAGUUCGCCAAGGACCAGUGUGACAACGGCUAUUCGUUCAACUCUCAGUCCCAGAACAUCACCACUAAGAGCGGUGCAUUCAAGUUCAAGUGCGUCUUCAGUGAGCCCAUCAUGUUCAGUGACAGCCGCUCUCGCUACUUCAGCGCCAGCUCUGGUGCGUGCACGCUCAAGAACGACGGGCUCAUUGGUGAUCCUGCUGGUGCUGCCGGAGCGGAGACUCCUGACCGUGUCCGCGAUGGUAAGGCCCUUGACUGCACGAUCAAGCACCAUUCUAUGGUCGUUACCACUGCUGAAGAUCUCGACCCCGGUACCAACUACACGUUCUACUUGGAUCAUAAGUGGAUUAGAGAUUACUCUGGUAACAAGCUUGAUCUGUCCUUCAACGGCAACCAGACUCUCAUUGAGUACUGCGACCCCAGUCUACUUUUGCCUAUGGAUCAGUCUUACUGCGCCGAUGGCUCUUCCAACCGUAUGCCGCUCACUAUUGAGGGUGUUCCUUCUGAUGUUGCCACUGAUGAUACUCUUCGUACUUGGCUGGACACCUCCCUCAACAGACACAACAGGACUUCGUCCUAUAAGUCUUACAAGUUGAGGUUUACUACUGGUAGCGAUUUACAGCAAGAACAGUGCUGGAACUGUGACAACGCGAAUGACUGGAACACCGCUGAUAAGGUCUACGCCACGGCUAGUAACACCUUGCAGAUCAACGGUUUCGACAUCGCCACUUCUGGCUCUGUCUUCUCUGGUGCCCGUACCAACGCUCAUGGCUGGCCUGAUCUCCAUAUCUACAGUCAGAGCUCUGCUCCUUCUAGGAGUGCUGCUCCUUCUUCUAGUAACAUUGGCAAUAUGGAGGCGAGUUUCUAUCCGAACGAUCGUGUGCUUCUACGCUUCAAUAGGCCCAUCGUGCCCUACCUCUCCCCCGAUCAGACUGAUGCUGCUGGUCUCACUGAGGUUGACUGGUCAGCGGCCACGAAGAUCGAGAUCCAGGACUGUGGCCCUGAUCAUCAGUGCAACUCUGGGCUCAAGAUUGGUGGUGCCACCACUAAUGUCACCUUCGGUAGCGCUGCUGGUUACUCCAGGACCGAGACUUCGAAGUUGGAAGUUGUCUAUGGUUACGACUCUAUCUAUCUCAACCCUGGUGGAGCCACCCCACUUGCCUUCAUCCCUGGCCACAAGUACCGUGUCACGGUGCCCGCCAAGAUGGUGAAGAUGUCGUCUGAGUAUACCUACGGUGGCAACAUCAACCCGAACGGACAGUUCAUCGGUAGCGUUCCCAACUACAAGAGGCAGUUCGUCGAAUUUGUGGUGUCUACUGCGUCUGAGGAUAGACGUAUCUAUUCACCUCUCGGUGAAUCGAUACUGGCCACCCAGUACCUCAAGUCUGGUGUCACUGGUUCUGCCCAGGAUAACUACGCUAUCAUUGACAAGGCUUAUGAUGAUUCUGCUAACAUUAAUACUGCCGACUACAUCAACAACAUCGAUUCUAUCAAGGGCUACAUAUUGUUACCUUCUUGCGAGAACUUGGUUGCCACUCUCUCCUCCAGUGCUACUGACCCUGGCACUACUGCUCUUAGUACGUCCAAGGUCACCUCUGGUGUCACCACUGACAAGUACGUGUGGAUCUUCUUCCCGGAGAAGGUACAGGCUAACACCGAGAACAACUACUACGCUGUCCAUCUCAACCGCACUGUUGGCACUCCCAAUAACGGCGAUGAUGGCGACGCUGUUUAUGAGAUUGGUAGCUCCGGUAUCCAGUUGACCAAUGGCUACUAUCUUAGCUUCCAGUUGAGCGGUGCGUCCAACCUCCGCCAUAAUGGUCUUCAGUACUCUCUCGGUAUCGCCAAUGGUGCACUCUUCACUGAUGGCGGUAUGAAGCGUGGCACCUACCCUAAUGCCAACCCGGCUGGUACCGCUGCCACUAGUCCCAUGGCUGCUUGGCAGAACCUUGGUAUCAGUGAUGAGGUGAAGCCCAAGUGGAUCUACUGGCACAAGGAUGGCCAUUCUCACAUUGGUAUCUCACAGUGCUUCAAGCUUAAGAUGGCUUCGUAUGAGGCUGUCGAGCAGGUCGAUAUAACUCCUCCGGUGUUGAGAGAGACCUUCCCCGCGAAUGGUACACUCGCUGCUCAUCCAGCGACUAUGAUGUUCCUUGACUUCUACGACAAUUCCAGUACUCUUGCCGGCUCUACUGCCUCCAGUGACGUCGAGCUCUACGAGUGCAACACUAAGGUCUGCGAUAUUGACAUGAAGAGUCGACAGUCGGGUCCCGACGCUCUUGCCAAUUUCCAGCACUGCUGUGAUGCCAGCUCAUGCGCCUCUUUCGGUACGAUUGAGACCCGCGCGGGUGUUGGCAAGUGCAGUGGCAGCCUCGUCUGCGAGCACAACGAGGAUAUCUUCGUGCAGCCUUACACCACGACAAGUGGUGAACCUCGCACGCGUCUCUACAUGAAGUUCUCGAGCGCGAGUGAUAAUAAGGCACUCAACAGCGGUAAGUGCUACACCAUCAAUGUGAAGGCUGGUUUGGUUGCUGAUGCUGCUGGUAACCUCAACGAUGCUAUUGUUGAAGCAACUGGCUACGCCAAGUAUUGGUUCAGAACCCAGAGACUCGCAUCUUCCAAGCUCGACUUCACGCAGCCUUCUGCCGUGGCUUUCGAUCCUGCUCAGAAUGCCGUUGGUGUGGAGAAGUACAGAGCCUUGUCGGUCACUUUCGAUCGCGCCGUGGCUCUCGACUCCUCAGUCGCCGGCUCUUCUUCGCUUCAGACGAGCAUCUACUUGCAAUCGUAUGAUCCCUAUUACGAUGAUGCUAACAGGCCUGCAUCGGCUGUCCUAACGAGUGGCAAGAAGAUCAUCAACUGCGAUGUCACUCCUCAAUCUGCUGAGAUCCAGGGCAUCAUCACCAGUGGUGAGGACUAUACUCGUCGCCAUGAUGGCCCUGUGCAGUUGAGUGAUGACGGCAAGACGCUCCGAGUCUUCCCCCAGGGCUUCGACAACGACAACAGAGUCUACUGUCUCAUCAUCAGUAGCUUUGCUAUCAAGGAUGCCACUUCUGGUAACUACUUCUCUGGUUUAAAGUGCGGCGACUACUGCUUCACUGUCGCACCAUUCACGGGUAAUGAAGAGCCCCGUCUACUCGACGUCUUCCCUCGUGACCAGCACGAUAUGAGCGUUAACGAUGUGAUGAACGUCGAUGGCAACCACUGGUAUAUGUUCGACAAGAAUGUGAAGCCCGGUUCCGGCAAGUUCUACUUCGGUAUGACUAGCGCCGCAUCUGGAGCUUCUACCAAGGUUGAGGUCCUCGCCGACUCCGAUCCUGCUGUUCCUUCGUCAACUGCUGUUAGCUCUCAGAACUACCUUGGCCAUACUCGCUUCGAGGGCUCUCGCGUCUUCGUAUGGCGUGAUGGUUCCCAGAGGCAUGGCCAACCGGCCCUCGGUUAUGAUGCCUCGGCGGUUGCCAGUACUAGCGGCAAGCUCGCAAGUGCUCUCUCAGCUCAAACCGACUACCGAGUGCAGAUGGAGUUCUCCAACAUUGUGCCGGAGGCCUCCGACUGGCCUAAUGCUCUCAAGCCCAUCUUCAGGGAGGAAGUUGGCACUAAGUAUAUGAACGGUCUCUUUGACGCUUACGCUGCGGAGACUCCCGCCCCUGGUGGAAGUGCUGAUUAUCAACGUGCUGAGACAGGCUCUGGAUACUGCAAUGGUACUCUCUUCCGUAUUGGUGGUACCUCUACUGGUGGCGCUGUCGGCGAGGUCUGCAAGUCCUACGACCACGGUAUCACCUGGAACUGUGAUAAUGUUGCUGGCAUGUCCCGCAAGAAUCCUCAGAUCCUUUGCACUCGCGACUACCUCUACGUGGUCGGCAGUGCUACUGGUGCUAGCGGCAUUGUGAGGAGUGCUGAUAUGGGCGCUUCCUUCACCGCUAUUGGUGCGGAAGGCUUCACAGUUAGCACUAUCCCGAGUGAGGUCGAUGGCAUCUGGCAGCUCGGUCCGGAGUUCCCUUACUCUGGUUUCGAGAGUUCUGCUGCUGGUGUUGUCGGCGCUUGGAAGCUCGUGGUCUGCGGUGGUGGCCUCGAGAAGUGCUGGAAGUGUGCUUCCGCUGAUUGUUCUUACUGGGAACAAGGUGGCAAGGUUGCCGAUCAGGUCAGGGACAGACAUGGCGGCCGCAUGUUCGCUAACGGUCAAGGUGAUCUGAUUCUCAUUGGCGGCAGUACCUCUGCUGGUGUCCCUUACUCUGAUGUGUGGAGGUCUCGUGAUGGUGGUGACACCUUCGAGCAGCUCACGGCAAACGUCGCUUCGGAUGGUGUUGGAAAGACUGGUGCCGCUUACACUUUCGCCCCACGCACUGACUCUUGCCUUGUGCAGACUGGUGACGAUACGCUUCACAUCAUCGGCGGUCGUAACGACUCUGUCUCUUCGACUGCUACCGUAUUCCAGAAUGACUGGUACACCUCUUAUCCGGGCAGGUUGGACUACUUCGAUAGCAACUACGCUGCUGCGAACGAGCAUUACAUUGGCUCUGGUGACGCUGCUACUCAGUACGCUGCUCGUCCUACCGUCAUUGGUGCUUCCCCUCACUGGAAGCAGAAGCGCAGCAUCGAGGAUGACGUCGUUAUCCGCUUCAGCGAGAUGCUCCACGAUGGCAAGAAGUUCAUGCCUAGUCGUCUCGUCUGGGUCUGCCGUGGUACUUCGCGGUGCUCUUCUACCGUUGGUACUGCUUCUGCUGCGACGACCGCUGGUGGCACUUACGUUGCCGUAUGUAACGUCACUCAGAGUGGUCCUCUUGGUCGUGGUUGCUGCCAGAAGGUCGGUGUCUCAGCUGACACUGUGCCGCGUCCUAUUGUUGGCGCCGGUGCUUCGGCUUCCUACUUGCGCAUUGGUGAUAAUGCGAAGAGCACCAUCGGUCAGAGCGAGUACUUGUCGCCUAGCUCUUGUGAUGCUAACGCUUAUACCGAGAUCAGAGGCAAUACUCUGAGCAUCAAGGGUCUCAGUACUUUGAGUACUAUGGCUGCUGCAGCUGAUGGCAGUGACAUCACUGUCUUCAUUCCUGAGGGAAGCGUCUUCGAUCGUCACGGCAACACUAUUUACAGUGGUAGUAUGCCAGAUCCUGCGUCCGCUACCUAUAGUGACUCUAGCACUAGCCCCACCGGUGGUGCUGGUUUCGAGUACUACUUCACGGCUGCUGUGCAGAGCACUGCUGUCACCAUCGAUGGUAGCUAUCCUGCUCAUGCGACCACUCAGUCUGCAGCGACUUCUGUGACAGCUCUCGACACUAACUUCAUCAUCAAGUUCGGUACCUCAGUGCAGAAGUACUGGAAUCAGGCCGGGAAGUAUCUCACGAUCACUUCUCAGCUUGGAUACUCCAGGGCUAGUGCAAUCUGGAUUCCUGUCAACGACUCGAUCCUCAUUGACAACAGAACUGCUCUCUUCCAACUUGGAAGCAAGAGAUUGGUUCCUGGCCAUCAGUACUUUGCCACUCUGUCAGCUAACGGCUUCAUCCCGAGCUCUAUGGAUAACACUCCUCCUGCUAAUAUGGCUGAUAACCACAACGGCAAGGGCAACUCCUAUUAUUCGUUCACGUUCUUCACUGUGCCGAAGAUUGCUGAUCAGACUUACGUCUAUGGUGACGUGGGCAGCGCUACUGAGUCCUACCGCUCGGCUGUCCCUCCUCCGGCUUGUGCUGCUACUGAGGCUGGCUGCAAUAUCGCCAACUUCUCCACCUCAGGUCUAUCCGAUGCUACGGCUACUCUCGCCGUUCUCGACAGGAAGACAUUCCCUGCUAAUAUGGCCACUGAUGUACCGGUUCCUACGGCAGCAGAUUGCAGUGCCCCCGCUCCGGGAACGUUCUGCCUCAAUUUCCAAGUUGCCUUCAACCAGCACAUCAACUUGAGCCAUGUUGGGUACUUCGAGAUCCACAACGGUUCUGCCACUCAGACUCAGACCCAGAGUGGUUGGCUGACAAGUGCUCAUUACAAGAUCCCGGUCGCCAACGUGAUCGCCGAUGAGGUUAACAACAUCACCUGGUUCCAAGUCUCGUCAGAGGCUAACUUGGAGGCUGGUACCUACUACGAGAUCUACAUCCCUAGAGGUGUCGUCACUGACUACAACUCCCCGACUGUGAACACUGGUGAGUUCAAGGUUGCAUUCCGAACCUUGGACGCUAGUGCACCAGCCAGCUUGCCGAAGGUCGCUUAUGCCUCCGUAGCUAUCCCAGAGAUCGGUUACUUCAAGACCGAUCUGGAUAUCGCUGCUUGCUCUGCUGCCACUGCUAGUGACUCCAACAGAGCUCACUGCUUACCUACCUAUAACGGUCUCGACAAGAGCUUCAACUUCGUCUUCACUGAGCCUGUGGCCCCGGUCGCGACUGCUGAUGGCACCAUCGGUCUGACGCUCUUCUACGGUACUUACGAGACUGUCACGUCUCCUCAGUACAAGGCCGAAUUUGACUCUGGUAAUGUGAGGGUCACUGUUGCUGAUUCUGACAUUGCUAAGGGCCUCACCGCGUCCGACACUUGCUUGGAUUCUGCCGACGGUUGCCUCGCUACUAUCGACCUCCGUCUCCCCAACCGCUUCGUCCAGAACAAGGCUCAGAGCGACGCUUGCGCUGCUGAUGGCACCUCAUCUGCUUGCAGUGCCGGGUUCUAUAAUGGUUCCGUCGGUAGCAAGGCUCUCACCUUCAAGACGUACUACCCUAUCCCUGCGAGUACGGUCGGCCAGAAGUACGGUGCUGGUGCUGGUGUUGGCUUCUAUCCCGCCAACCAGGCAACUACUAACUACUACACCAUCAGCCGUGAUAGCGCUCUUCAAGUUGAGUUCUCUAGGGAGAUCUUCAAGGGUCUUGACACCGCGACCAUCGAGGUGGCUGCUACCCAUUCUGCUUACAAUAGCAGAACCUACCAAGUAUCCGAUCCCGAGAUUGAGGCACGUGGCAGGUAUCUUAUCAUCCGUCACAAGUUGGCUCCUGGUGAGAAGUAUACUGUCAGCCUGUCCAACAGCACUGUCCGCGACGUGAAUGGCUACUUGAACACCUUCGGCGUCGGUGAUGUCACUAGCAAGCUCGAUCGCACUUCCUUCGGAGUAGCCCCACUUAUCAGAUUCCGUCAGAACUUCCAGACGGCCUCUUCUGAUUCGGGCUCCGAGACUUGCGACUAUGCUGGCACAUCGCCUCAUGACUCCACGGUUGCUGAGUGCAUUGGCUUCACUCCUCGUGCUGCCUUCGGUACCUGCGUCGCCACACCUGAUAACAGAAUUGUGGUGGCUGGUGGUCAUUGCGUCGAGUGCGGCUCCUUCAACCGCCAAUGGGAUGCCAAGGGAACCAGUCUCGCUCUUGGAGGUUACACUACGGAUAUCUCCAACAAGACAUUCUCCAUGGCUACGUACAGGCAGAGUCAUGCCGGUACUGGACCUGGUGCUUGGAAGAUCUGUGACGAUUCUUGCAGUGACACCGAGAAGACCGAGUCCAGAAGUGUUCUCUUCCGUGAGGCGUCUCUUACCGGUCUGCCCGUCAGAGCUGAAGGUGGUGCUCCCUCUGGGUAUUCACGUAGGUUCUUCAACGACGAGUUGGCACCACGUGGCAAGAUUACUAGCAGUAUUUGCUCUCUCAAUCAGUGCAUGGACUGUAUCUCCGGUCCCAAGGACUUCAGUACUUGUGCUGCUGAGCAUGUUACUCCAGCCUUCUCAUCGGAGUCCUCGGACUUCUUCCAGACUGCCAACGGACAGAAUGUCACGUUCGCGUGCUUGCCUGGAUAUCAUGUCUCUGGCCAACCACAGGAUGUUCGGGAGUUUAGCUUCACUUGCAAAGCUUCGCAGUAUGACUAUACAUGGGACUACCCCCGUGAAUCUGAUCAGGGAUCCUGUGCUGAUGGACCUUCCGACAUCACGUGUGUUGAGGACUCGCCUCCUUGUGGUCCUCCUACUGAUGCUACCGCUUACGACUUGACCGACUUCGACAGCUUGACUUCAGAUGCUGAUAGUAGCAUAUCUCAGAACUGUAUGAAGGGUGAAAUUCGCUACAACUCCAAGUGCGCUAUCAAGUGUCCUGUCGGUUAUAACUUGGGCGGUGUCCCCGGUUACAGCACUACUGCUGCUCUCAAGUGUAUGUCCGACGAGAACGGAAACUCCGUGUUGAAGCCCUUCGACAUCGAAAAUCCUACUGCAGGUGGUCCAAUCACCUCUGCAUGCAAGCCUCUUACUUGCAGUGCUGAUGCAAUUGCUACCGCGUUCACCGCUGAGAUCCGUGCCUACCAGAUCCUCCAGCCUGGUGGUAUUACCGGCGGCACAGAGUGUGGUGUUGUGUCGAACACUAACAAGUACGGUGACUCUUGCUCAACCGAGUGUAAGACUGGCCACUUCAAUGCCUACCCUGACAACCGCGUAAGCUUGUACUGUGCGUGCGAGGACGAGUCCUGUACUAACCUCGUAUACCGUGAGAAGCAGCCGACUGCUGAGGAUAUCACUGCUGGUGGUGCCGAAUUCAAUGCCUUCACUGACAACGCGAUCUGUACCCCGAAGACUUGUCCUGCUCUCGUAGAGGCCGAGCUCAGGGCCAACGAGAUUCUUGCUGACAGCAACUGUACUGCGAUUGGUCUACCUCAGGAGGUUUGCGGAACCACAUGUGCUGAGGGUUACACUACGAAGUUGAAUGUGCCUCAGGCUGCUGCCGUGAGCCGCGUCUGUAGGAAUGUCUACGACUCUGCUACUGAUACCUGGGCUAUGAAAUGGGCCGCUACUGCUAAGUGUGUGAAGAUUCCAACUGACGCCGACAAGGUUGACGUUACCAAACGCAAGGCUAACAAGUUCAGUCAAAAGCUCAAGAUUGGCUUCAGAGCGGAGCUUGGUUCUCAGACUAAGGAGGAGUUCUUCCAGGAUAAGAAGAACACCAUAAGUGAUGCAGUGUGCUCGUCCAUCGCUCAGACAGCCUUCGGUGAGCUUACUCCUUGCAUGCAAGACUUUGCUGCAGGCAUCACUGCAUACGAAGAUUACUGCACGGACGUUUGCUCAGCGUGUAUGUCCUGUGAUGUCUCUUUGGGAGCCCGUCGUACUCUUCGUGAACGCCGUCGACUUGCUGAGGGUGACCUCAACUUGGAUGUGACCUAUGAGGUCGAAGCUACUCCGGAGACUAUUGCUGAUUAUCAAGAGGGUGCUGAGGCUCUGGACAGCAAUCCCGAUGUCAACCAGGCGCUCGAGACGAACAUGGCUAGUAACUUGGACUUGGCCGGUGUAGAGGUGUCGAGUGUGACGGUCGAGAGCGAGCCAUUGGUUAUGGUUACAACUACCACUCCAGCGCCGUCAUCUGAUGACAGCAAUACUGGUGCCAUUAUCGGUGGUGUCAUUGGUGGUCUUGUCGGUCUUGCCAUCAUUGGCUUCGUGGCUAUGAAGGUCUUGAAGAAGUAG